AUGACCACCAGUGCUCCAAUGAAUACGCGUAAACGCAAGAAUCUAACUCCGAGUGAACGGGCGGAAGUCAUUGCCUUCCUACUGAAAGUCAGCAUCGAACUAGAGCCUCCGAUAGGUGCUAUUGCGGCGUGCUCGACUAAAUAUGAGUGCAGUGACGACCAGAUCGCCCGUCUGUGGCGCCGGGCCCUUCAAGACAUCAAGAGCGGCAAUGCCAUUAACUACGACAGUGACAGGAAGGGCAAGAGCGGCCGGAAGACGCGGUUAACGGAGGAGUUCCGCCACGACCUCAGCCACGCUAUCGAACUUACGCCAUUUGAGGAACGAACUGACAUUCGCACUUUAGCGAGUUCCCUCGGUAUUGCCAAGUCGAGUCUUCACGAUUACUUUCUUGCUGGUGCAUUUCGACGUCACACCACGCGGCUAAAGCCGUUAUUGUCGGAUCAACAUCGGGCUGAUCGACUCAAGUUCGCCUACGGAUUUGUACAUCGGGGUCCACGCAAUACGCGAGUGUUCGACAGCUUCAUGAACUACGUUCACUUAGAUGAAAAAUGGUUCUAUCUGAAGAAGGAGAACCAGCGAUUCUAUCUGGGAACGCACGAGGAACCUCCCCAUCUUACUGUCAAAAACAAAAACUACAUCGUCAAGGUCAUGUUCCUAGUUGCUGUUGCGCGCCCGCGGUGGGACAGUAAGCGUCACCGGAUUUGGGACGGCAAGAUUGACCUAUGGCCAUUCGUUGUGUACGAGCCGGCCGAACGAUCCAGUAAAAACCGACCGGCCGGCACACUGGAGCUAAAGACCUACAAUGUCGACAAGGACGUGUACCGCCAGGCAUUGUGCCGGAUGGUCAUACCGAGCGUCAAAGCGGUUUGGCCAUCGGGCAAGCGCGUGUUUCUUCAGCAUGACAAUGCUAAGCCACACGUGGCUGCGGACGAUCCCGAAGUGGUUGCUGCUUGUAGUGAUGGCGUCCAUGAACGUCGAUGGCUGUAA